AUGUCAUCUAAUUUCCAUGCCCCACACGCUCUCAUUGCCAUUUUAACAUGUCUCCUCCCGGUUAUUAUCAAACUCUCCCACGCAAGUCAAAGCGAUAUCGACUGCCUUUCAGCCGUAAAACAUUCUUUGCAAGACCCAAACAACUACUUAGAAACCUGGAGUUUCACCAACGCGACCCACACACAAAUAUGCAACUUCAACGGCAUCGAGUGCUGGCACGAAAAUGACAACCAGGUCCUAAACAUCAAACUCUCUGGCAUGGGACUAAGGGGCGAAUUCCCGUUGGGCUUACAAAAUUGUUCGUCCAUGACGGGCCUCGACCUCUCGAGCAACGAGCUUCACGGACAGAUUCCGGUUAAUAUCUCUCGUUACAUUGGCCUACUCACCUCCCUCGACCUCUCAUCAAAUCAGUUCUCGGGUGAAAUUCCGGUGAAUCUUGCGAACUGCACUUUCUUGAACACACUCAAGCUGGACAAUAAUCGGUUGACCGGUCAAAUACCUUCACAGAUUGGUCAGUUGGGCCGACUGAAGUUGUUCUCAGUGGCGAGGAACCAGCUGACUGGGCCUGUGCCCGGAUUUUAUAAUUCCACCGCCAUUGGAGCUGAUAGUUAUGUGGGUAACCCGGGCCUUUGUGGCGGGCCUGGGCUGCCUCUUUGCAUGGGCCGUGUGAAGAAUCGAAACCCGGCAAUAAUUGGUGGAAUUGUUGCUGGUGCUGCUGCUGGGGCUUUAGGUGUCGUUGUUGGUAUGUACUUAUAUAUGCGUAAGAUGUCUCUGAAGAAGAGGAAGGAAGAUGACCCGCUCGGGAACAAAUGGGCCAAGAGUAUCAAGGGUGCUAAGCACGUCAAGCUGUCGAUGUUUGAGAAAUCGGUCUCGAAGAUGAGCCUGAACGACCUCAUGAAGGCGACCAACGACUUCAGCAACGAGAACAUAAUCGGUUCGGGCCGAACCGGGACAAUGUACAAGGCCCAACUCCCAGACGGGACCUCCCUCACGGUCAAACGCCUUCAGGACACUCAGCACUCGUCAAAGGAAUUUGUCUCCGAAAUGACAACCUUAGGGAACGUAAAACACCGCAACCUCGUCCCGCUCGUCGGGUACUGCCUGACCAAAAACGAAAGAUUCCUCGUCUACAGUUACAUGCCCAACGGCAGCCUUCACGACUGUCUCCACAAUAAAAAUGGGCCCGUGAUGGACUGGCCCACUCGACUCAAGAUCGCCACACGGGCCGCGAAGGGCCUCGCGUGGCUCCACCACAGCUGCAACCCGCGCAUCAUCCACCGCAACAUCAGCUCCAAGUGCAUCCUUCUCGACUCGGGCUACGAGCCCAAGAUCUCGGAUUUCGGGCUGGCCCGACUCAUGAACCCGGUCGACACCCACCUCAGCACAUUCGUCAAUGGCGAGUUCGGGGAUUUGGGUUACGUGGCGCCCGAGUACGCGCGAACCCUGGUGGCCACCCCAAAAGGUGAUGUGUACAGCUUCGGGGUCGUGCUGCUCGAGCUGGCGACGGGAGAGAAGCCGACCCAUGUGGGCCCACGGGCCCACGAGGGGUUCAAGGGGAGCCUUGCCGAGUGGGUGUUGGGCCUGUCUGGGGAGUCGAGGCUGAGGGACGCGGUCGAUGAGUGCUUGGUGGGGAAGGGGUUUGAUGGGGAGGUUUAUCAGUUUAUGAAGGUUGCGUGUAGGUGUGUGGGCCCGGCCCACAAGGAGAGGCCCACUAUGUUCGAGGUUUACCAGCUGCUGAGGGCGGUGGGGGAGAGGUACAAUUUCACGACCGAGGACGAGAUGCUGGUGGUGCCGGUGGAGGAGGAAGACGAAGAGAAGCUUGUGGAGCUCAUCGUUCGGGCGUGA